AUGCCGAGCAGUCUAUUUCCCUUUUACCAAUCAAGUGAGGAUGCAUCGGCGAGCGCUUGGAACCUGUCAACCUUCUUCUGGUACUUUCCGGCACGAAACAACCCCAAGAACGCACCUCUUUCACUCUAUCUCGCAGGUGGUCCUGGCGAAUCGUCAGUCUUCACGGCGGCAACAGAUUCUGGCCCGUGUAUUGUCAACCCAGAUUCGAACAGCACAUCCCUGAACCCUUGGAGCUACAACAACCAUGUCAACAUGCUGUACAUUGAUCAGCCUAACUUCGCCGGUUACUCUUACGACGAGAUCACAGAGGGUCACUACGAUGUUAUUAGUGGAGCUAUAAUCCCAGGACCUGGAGAGGCCAACGCUACUUUUUGGCCAGGCAAGUGGGGAACCCAGCAGAUUGAAAGAAUCGCCCACACAACUCAGAAUUCGGCAAAGGUCAUGUAUGAAGUUGUGCAGGCCUUGACUGCAGAUCUACCUGGGUUACAGGACAAGCCAAUAAGCGCAUGGGGUAACUCUUAUGGCGGAUAUUCCGCGCCCGCAACGCUCGCAGAAAUCCAAAGACAGAACGAGGCUCUCCAGGCUGGCGGGCGUGACAGCAAACGAUACCACCACAUUCAAGUUGAUACUCUUGGCCUGCUGAACGGGUGUGUCGACUUAUCCAUCUCAAUGUUCUCAUAUCCUGAGAUGGCCAACAACAACACCUAUGGAGUUAAGCUGCUUCCACAAGAGGUCUAUGAAAGUUCAAAGAACAAUCUGACGAAAGACGGUGGCUGUCUGCAAGCCCUCGAACGCUGUCAACAGCUCGGGUACGAAGGCGACCCUGCGGUCAUGGGUCUUAAUCAGACCGUAAACGAUUUUUGCGGUUUCGCUCUAACGCAGAAUUGUCUCACGGAAGUAGAAAUAGCUUUCAUGGCUGUGACUGGUAGAGCUUCCUUCGACAUUUCCCAUCCGCUGGCGGAUCCAGAGCCACACAUGUUUGCAGCGGGCUUCUUCAACCAGGAAUGGGUCCAAAACGACCUCGGUGCUGCUGUCAAUUUCAACUGGGCACCCGACGCGGUCACAAACUCCUACCUCGCCCUUGGUGAUAGCGCCAGGCAAAACAUCUCAAACAUCGAGUAUCUUUUAGAUGGUGGGGUGAAGGUGGCCCUUGUACAUGGUGACAGAGAUUACGUCUGCAAUUGGAUCGGAGGUGAAGCCAUCGCUUUGGCAGCCAAGUACAACGGAUCCGAGACCUUCCGGUCCUCUGGGUAUGUGCCGAUCGCCACAAAUUCUAGCUAUGAAGGGGGUGUGGUUAAGCAAGCAGGGCGCUUCUCCUUCGCGCGCGUCUUCCAAGCCGGCCACGCUCCGGCCUUCUUCCAGCCAGAAACAAUCCAUUCGAUCUUCAAUCGGACAAUGUUCAAUAACGACGUCGCCACCGGCAAAGAGGAUUUGACCAAAAACCCGACAUAUGUGACUGACGGACCAACCGACAGCUGGGGCUGGACCGAUACGUUACCUCCUCCGCCAGAGAAUAUGUGCAACCUCUGGGCUCCGGCGGGCACAUGUACCGAGGAGCAGCUCCAGGCACUCGCGCUUGGAAAUGCAACAGUCACCGACACUGAGAUCAUCACUAGCCCAGGUGGUCUCCCUGUGCUUCCUCCACAGAACGAUAAAACUACCAGCUCUAAUGGCAACUCAACUGGUACAUCAGGGGGAGGGGGGGCAGCUUCGUCCUCAGCAAGCAACAGCGGCGCUGCUGGGAACAUGGUACGGCUUAGUAUUGUAUCGCUCAUUGCCACGGUUGGGACCUCCUUUUACCUAGGCACGUACUAG